UAUUUGAAAAAAAACAUUAUCAAAUAUCUUCGUUGCGUUAUGAUCCCUUUUCACUGAUAAACGCAUUCUAUUGCGAAUGGAAAUAAAUCAGUGGUGUCUAUAACGCAGGAUAUAAGCAGCAAUUUAAGUUUAAAAUGGUUGAGAGACACUAGCUGUUUGCAGGCACGGAGCAGGUGUUCGGAUGUGAAUAGCGAGAGGAAAGGACGUCUCUCCCCUCCUCCUCUUCUGCCGCCAUGUGAUGACGGGCGGGCUGACUGUAACACCGGAGCGAUGGUUUUAAGUCACUUUCACCAGCAACAAAGCGGCAACAGCAGUACUGACGUAAACCCGCCACCACAGCACCGAGGCAAUACGGCGCCGGGAACAGGGGCACUUGGACCGAAACAAUAAAGGGAAUCUUCGAAAACAAAUACACAGGAUGGGAAUCAGCCGUCGGGAAACCCCGAGUCUAUCGACGAGCAACAUCGCCGCGAUGCUUUUGCUGUAAUUUCUAGCAACCCAUGGCUGCUGUUCAAAGGUUUAAAAUGCAUUCAGAAUGGAGAGUUGUGACAAGAGUUGCUGCAGGGUGCCGCAUUGCCUGGCCGCUUGAUGGUAGGAUAGUAUAAUGCUUUAAUGGGGAUGGUGAUGUUUAGGUCUUUUUGGGUGGGGAUGGUUGAAUGAACGGCUUGAGCAUUAGUGUUACCGACGUCGCCAGGUUAAAUGUAUAAAUGUUCACCCGAUACAGUAAUUCUAUCGGCUGAAGCCAUAUGCAUUUGAAUUGCUCAAUACGACAGUUUGAAUGUACGCGAACAUAUUGUAGAGAAAAUAGAUAACCAGAACUUGUAUACAGGUAAACUCACAACUGUGCUGCUGACUGGGAAGUAGAUUGCUAUCGUUGAUCAUGCUCAGGACGAUCUCUAAAGUCAUGUUUUAAUCUGGAAGCACCACAGAUAGGCUUGUCAAUACGUGACGCAUUUAAUAUUGUUGUCUUCUUUUUGGCAAUUUUCCCAAAUCUGCUGUGCCACUUUCUUACUGUUUCGUUCUACGCGUUCGAACAAGGACAAUGACUCAUUUACAAGCAGGCCUUUCUCCGGAGACGCUGGAGAAAGCCAAGGUGGAGUUAAAAGAGAACCCUGACACUUUACAUCAGGACAUACAGGAGGUGAGGGACAUGAUCAUCACUCGACCAGACAUUGGCUUUCUCAGGACAGACGAUGCUUUCAUCCUACGGUUCCUCCGAGCGCGGAAAUUUAACCAUUUCGAGGCAUUCCGCCUCCUGGCCCAGUAUUUCGAAUAUCGCCAGCAGAACCUGGAUAUGUUCAAAAACUUGAAAGCAACCGAUCCGGGAAUCAAGCAAGCUCUCAAAGAUGGAUUUCCAGGGGUGCUGUCCAACUUGGACCGGUAUGGCAGGAAAAUUCUGGUCUUGUUCGCCGCCAACUGGGAUCAGAGCAGGUACACGUUUGUGGAUAUUUUGCGGGCAAUUCUGUUGUCGCUGGAGGCCAUGAUUGAGGAUCCGGAGCUACAGGUGAACGGAUUUGUGUUGAUCAUCGACUGGAGUAACUUCACCUUCAAACAGGCCUCCAAACUCACACCGAGCAUGCUGCGAUUGGCCAUAGAAGGACUACAGGAUAGCUUCCCAGCCCGAUUCGGAGGGAUCCACUUUGUCAACCAGCCGUGGUACAUUCAUGCACUGUACACCGUCAUACGUCCUUUCCUGAAGGACAAAACACGGAAAAGGAUCUUCAUGCACGGAAACAACCUGAAUAGUCUGCACCAGCUCAUUCUGCCCGAGAUACUGCCCUCGGAGCUGGGGGGCAUGCUGCCCCCCUACGACAUGGGCACCUGGGCGCGCACCCUGCUCGAUCACGCUUACGACGAAGAGACCGACUACUGCCCCGAGUCAUACACGCUCUCCGUUAAGGACCUGGAGAAAGACCUGUCUCCGAAAACCAUGAAGAGGUCUCAAUCGGUUGUGGAGCCUGGGGUGCUUAAGAGACCAGAGAAGGUGAAGAGUGAGGAGGAGAACAUGCAGCCGCUGCUCUCUCUGGACUAAUACCCCCAACCCCCCACCCCACCCCCAAGAACCCCAGACCCCCACCGGCCGAGGGAGACAUUCACCACCACCCCCUCCCAACUAUCCGAGCUCUCCUCUUUCCCAGAGAAAUAAAUCGACAUGGGAGAGAGAGAGAACUCCUUGUUCUCAAAAAUGAACAUGAAUUCUAUAUCUAAUACAUGUAAUGUAACACAGAAAACUGCUGAGGAGGGAAGAGCACUGGACGCCUGUGAUGAGGAGCUAAUGGGGAGAGAGGCGGCCAUUUUGAGAGAUUUGACUGUUUUGUUUUAAAUUGGUUGUUUGAUUCCUUUUUUGACGGGGAGGGGGAUUUCGGAGGAAGAAACUAAUGGCGGAGAUCCAUACGUCGUUGUCAAGUGCCAAUUCAGAACUGUACAUACGCUCCAGGCCUAAGCUUUAGGACGCCGGAGUUAAUCGUGACAAGAACACGCAAUGUAAAGACUGCUGUGAAUACUCUGUAUGUGCUUCUCGUGAAAUAUUUUGUGGACAACAACAAAAAAAAAGUAAAAGAAACAAAAAAAAAGUACUAAUAACAAUGGAAAUGGCAUAAGUUGAGGGGGAUAUAUUGAACUGCUGUGAGGAGAUAG